AUGGAGAACACGAUGGACCCUGCGAUUCAGGCUCUAGAUGAAAGGCAGGACAGCAUGGAGAUGGUCCUGGAUACAACCAACGAAAACUUGGAGGCGGCCCUUGAGGCGAUAGAUGAGUCUAGAGAUACACAGAAUGUACCGUCCAGCUGCUCGGAAGUAGCUGAAACAGUUGGCAUUGAUACCCAGGCGUUCUACUUAAUCGACCCUGACGGACCAGGACGUGGGGUUCUGCCGAUGGUUGUUAAGUGUGGCCGGGACGGACAAACAGCUGUCACCCUGAUCGGCCACAACAGUGAGACACGCACAUAUGUGCAUGAGUUUGAGAAUCCCGGUUCCUACUCCAAGGAUGUGGUAUACUGGAAUAGCAUGGAACAAGUGAGGGCUCUGGUGGACCAGUCAAGUCACUGUAAACAGUACAUUAAGUACGAAUGCUAUAAAUCAGUGAUCUGGGAGUCGACUUCCAGACCCUACGCCUGGUGGGUGACUUGGAACGGUCGCCAGGCUGACUACUGGGGAGGUGCCCAGCGUGGGUCUCGCAAAUGUGAAUGUGGGCGAUGGCGUCGCUGUUCCAGGUGCAACUGUGACUACAAUGAUGGCAGGUGGCGUGCGGAUUCUGGGUACCUGUCAUACAAGACUGACCUGCCGGUCACCCAGCUCAGGUUUGGCGAUACUAGUGGUAGUGAGAAAGGCUACCACACCCUGGGGAAACUUAAAUGCUACCCCUGAGUCUAUAGCGAAUAAUUGCCUGCCUGUUGAAGACAUAAAACAGUGCAGAAGGCUUCACUGAAACGUAUACCAGAGUGCGGUGCAGGAGUGAUAUGAAUAAAUUAA